AUGUAAGUAUGGUGCUACAGUUAAAAGAUGAUGGGAACAAUUGUCAAUUUUACAACAAUGCAUGAAUACACAUGUAUAGCAAAAACCUUUGACUUAAAUAACUUACCAGUUACUUCCCUUAUUUUUAUUACUAUUUUUAAAUUACUUGGAUAGAUCCUGCAGCAAUUUGUAGUUUGUAGUUUUUAAGUUAUUUGGAUAGAUCCUGCAGCAAUUUGUAGUUGCUUUCAUCCUUUGCAAAAAUUAUCAAUAUACCACAAGAACUGAAAGGCCAAUGAAAACUUGCUUACUGUUUUACAGGCAGAAUGAGGGUACAGCUCCAGCACGUCCAUCCUCUGCAGGAGAGCUCCCUCCCCUGGAGAGAACUGGCUCCCCAACUGGGGCUGAAAAAGAUAUUUUGGUGAGGCUCCAUCACAAUUCAUUAUUUUGAUGUUAUUGGAAAUAAGAGUGGUUGUGUUGUUGUUAUUGUGGUGGUGUUCUGUACCCCUGGCAAGAGGAGCUUUACAGGCACUUAAUUUAUUGAUCAUUUACUUCAUUUAUUGAUUUUUAGGAAAAAAAAAACAAAGAAACAAAAUUUUUUUAAGUUUGCAAAACAUGUUUUGACAUUAUUAAUGUCAUCUUCAGUUACAAAUUGUACUUAGUACAAUUUGAAUUUUCACUUACACUGUAACAGUAUGUCAUGGAAUUACAAUUUUAGUGAAAAUAAUAGAAAUUGGUGUAGGUGUACUUUUCUUUAUGGAUCAGAACAAGAUGAUUACAUCAUAUUUGAGAUAAUACAACUUUCUACAUAAAUAUUCAAAAACUUAUUCAGUUAAAUUGUUCAAUAGAUCACAUUCAGCACUUACAUUUCCUCAAAAGCUUCACGAUUACAUGUCAACAUGGAUCCUCAGUAGCUUUACACUAAACUGAUCGUUAAUCUAACCAUCCUCAUUUCAAUUCUAUAGCGGUACUACUACUAUAUUCACCAUGGAAUCGACACAGAACAUGUGGCACCUAUGGAAGAUUCUUGGCUUGACCAUGUUUUGCAACUUGUUCCUCAAAGUUUGAAGGUAAAUGUUAGGGAUUGUCUUCAUUUCUCAAUCAUGUUCUGUGUUUCUGUUUGUAUCUAUUAGAUUAAUACAUGUGAUAAGGUCAAUCUAUAAGAUUAAUUUAGUUGUAUAAGAAAUUCUAGGUCAUUACUUGAAUAUAAACUAUAAUAGGAACAUAAAACAGCAUUUAUUUAAAAACCUAAUGCAAUAACUAAAUUAUCAGUCACCUCUUGAAUCAAAGAUAUAUACACUUGUUCAAUCAUGUAUUCCAUGCAAAUUAUCAUCAGGAUAAAGUGUUAAUGCUAUGAACAACUUUUAAAAAAGUAAUCUGAUUAGAUCCUGUUUUGGACAAGUCUGUUCUAUAUACACUGUACAAAACAAAUUAAUACACAAUUGUACAUUUUCCAAAAAUAAUUUUAAUAAAUAGACAUGGUAUACAGAAAUGUUUGAUGUAUAGAAGCAAUUUAGGUGCACUAAUUAAGUUUUAACAGCUUGCGUAUCAUAAUUCUUUUAAGUCAAUUGGCAUAUCAUUUGAUAUGCAGCAGCUUUAGUAUCCAUUACUUACCUUAAGUAAUAUUUUGCUUGUAUGAUUUCAGGAUGGGUUUGAUUUGUGUAUAGAAAAUCUUUCAGAUGAAAUGAGAGAAGAUUAUUUACUCAGUGUCAAAAAGGCUAUUGGUAUGUACACAAAUCUGUUUUCCUUUUUGGAGGCAAUUUCCUGUGAUUCUGUCAUACAAAAAAAAGCUGUAAUUGAUUUAUUUAAUAUGCUGUGGAAGUUUGCUUUAAUGAUUGAGGCACUCAGGGUACCCUGUGGCCACCUUCAUCAUUCCUUCAACGUAGUCUCUUCCUGGUUAUGCCAAUUAAAGUUCAAUUCGUGGUCACAUACAGUGUACCAUUCAAUACAUUUGUACAGAAUUGUGUUUUUAAGGUCCAGCCAAUUUCAUUGUGGAAUUAAAUUUGAUGUUGCAUAUAAUUAAUAUUAGAGUUUAUGUGGAAAGUAGGUGUUCUUUGGUUCCAAGUUAAAAACCCCUCGGCCAGGUUGUUCAAAAGGGGGUUAACGUUAAUCUAGGAUUAACAGUUAACCUUGGCUUUAAUUUCUCAUGUAGAUGAACGUAAACUAGAGAUAAGGUUUUGUAGGAGUUCAUCUCAGUAUGACUUGAAACUAGCUGGGAGAAUGCAAAAGAAAAAUAUCCCUUAGCAAAGGUAUUAAAAAUUUACUUCAACCCUUGGCUAGGUUAAUGGUGUUUUGAACAACCCAGAUUUGUUGCUGGUACACAUUUAAAAAAUAAACUAAGAUAUUAAAAGCAUUUUCUAAAUUAACCUUCCGUUACCAUUAAAUACACUACCUCAAAAAGAUAAUAUUUAGUAGAGGUUGUGUAUUUAAAUUUUAGAUUGAAGUAAUUUUAGUACUUUACUAAUAAGUAAUUGUCCUAUCCAGCAGUAUGGUGGGUUAAUGGUGUGUGUGUCUUUUUUCUUUUUAUCUUUUUCUUAAUAUACAGUUGACUUUGUGCUCAAAGAUCCUCGAGAAAAAGAUGAUGAUAAAAAAGAGGAAGUUUUAGAACACAAGAAAGAGUGAGUCCAUGCAUUGAUGUUGUAUCAGAACUUUUAUUAAUGUAUUAGGUAUUCAAUUUGAUUUUAAACUGCUUUAAAAAAUUUCCAAUUGAAUACUGAUGAUACAUAUUGGACUAUUAAUACCUCUAGCAGACAUCUUCAGUGAUUGAACCUAAUGCAGACUACAAUGUACCUUAUUUUUCCCUACUUCUUUUUUUUCUGAUGACUUGAACUAUUGAGUACUUUCCCAAGCCUUUUUCCUCCUAGUGAAUCUCUUUCUUACUUACUAAUUUGCAAAUGCUAUUGAGAUAUGCAUUGAAUGCUUUGAUUUCCUGCUGUUAAACAUUUCCAUUAAGUGCUUCACUCAUGUACACAUUCAAUAGUUUCAAAGUGUGGAUUUUGCUUUUACAACUCAGUUCUUAUUUUGUUUAACAUUCUUUAUAAUACAUGUAAGUAUUUUAACAAACAAUAACAAUUAGCUCUCAGACUGUUUGAUACUAAAAACAGUUUGGAAUACUUACAUGAUGAUAAACAAUUUUUCUUACACAUGCAGGCACAUACAGUGUGUAAUGCUGAUGUGUUGUCUCAAUGUAGGUUGAUGCAGGUUCCCAAACCUUGGUACAGAUCAUAUGUCACUGCUAAGGCAGCCAUGCAGCAGGACCUGUUUGGAACCAAUCCUACCAUGGCAGCAGUGCUGGACUUGUGGCACAAGACUUUUGGGUAAUGUAUUGUUAUUGAUUUUACUCUAGCUUGCAGUGAUAUCCUUAUGGAUAUUUACAAGUGUGCCCUACUGUACACAAGUAUUGUGUAAAUUAUUUUUGUUGUAUUUUGAUUGUUAGACAUUUCUUAUGUUGCUGUACUUUUAGCCAUAUUGAUCACUUUGCAUUAUUAAAGUAAUGAUAAUGGUAUGUUUUCUUGUAGUAAUUUGAGGCUUGUGGAUAUUCACGAAAUUCAGCUACGGCCUGAGGCUUUGGAGCUUGCCAUGUUUCAGAAUGUUGUAAUGAGACACAUAGAGAUUGCCAAGGAAACACUUUUGAAAAAGUACUAUUUUUUCUCUUUUUUUCUAAUUUAAUCUUGUCUCCAUGCUAUUUGAUGUCAUGCUAAUUAUUAUAUCUUGUUCUUAAUUGUAGAAGCACAGCAUGGAUAAUGCUGUAAAAAUAUUGAUAUUAAACAGAAAGACCCUUUCUGCUGCAGAAAUUUGUCUCAUUUAAAGCAUCCAGCAGCUCAGUCUCCCCAUUAAAUUUUGUGCUUAAACAGAACAAAUUUAGUCCUUUACAUGUAACAGUCCUUGAAAUUCCUUUGAAAAACAGUUUUUCAACUCAAGGUCUUGUGCCAACCUUGAGAGAUGGGUGUAUAAACACUGUACACACAUGAUUUUUUCAUCAAAUAAUGAGAUCAUAUUUAAAUGGUUUGAAUGCGAUGAAAGCUUUUUGUUGAGAAUAUCAAUUUUGUAUUAUUGUGACUGCUCUCAAGGUGGUUUCCAGAAGUGCAAAAUAUUUAUUACCAAGGAAACAAACGCAAGCAAGUACCCAGCAACCAAAAUGCCAAAAGAUUGGAAUCAUUUUUUAAUGCUGCUGCUGUGUUAAUGACAAAUCAACUCCAGAUGUUGGCUCUAAACUCCAUUGACGAUUUUACAAAGCUGUUUUGUCCCCCUGCUGUAAGUUACAUGCAUACCUUGUAUGUGUACAUGUACAUGUAGAUGUUUUAUUUUAAAUUAAUGUCAGUUGUGUUCUCCAUGGAAAUAAAAAGAAUUAUCUUUUCUUAGUUAGUUAUAUGUAGUACUGCAUGCAAUAGCACUUGCACAGAAAGUAGUUGUUGGUAGGAUAUGGAGUGACAUAGCAUAGUGCCAUGUUGUAAAGACACGAAGUCCACUACUUGAAUUUGUUUUGCAUUAUCAUAAAGUGAGGUAUUAAAGGUACUCUCUGGAUUAGAGCAAUAAGAUAAUUCUGUAGCUUGUGACAUCUCUCACUUGAAAACACAAGGGAUAAAAAGUUGUAGCUGACACUAAAAUUGAAGUUCAAGAAUUUGUCUCAACAAGUUUAGUUAAGAAAAGAUAAGGGAAGAAAAGGCCAAGUAGAAAGUAGAAGUGUGCAAUGUAGGACCAAUAUAUAGAUUUAGCCAAGCCUAAAAGCAGAGCUUGCAUUUUUUUUUCCCUACACAACUCAAGAGCACAACACCUUGCCCCAGCCAGGACUAGAACCCAGGUCAUCCAACUCAGAGCCCAGUGCUCUGACCACUGGACCACUGAACAAAGCUGUGACAUUGGCAUGCCCGCAGUACAGUUGACCACACAUGUUAAAAGUAGCACCUUGUACGGUCGUACAGUCGUACGGUUGUACAUCCAAAUAUUUUCAGCUUGAUGGGUUACUACUACUAUUUUGUAUAAUUAUGGGGCUAUGCUCUGCGAGCUCCGCUAUUUAAGUACUUCCUUAUUGUGCAACCAUAUUUUUUAAAAAAUUAAUUUCUUUUUAUUUAUUAUUAUUUUUUUGAUAUAACAGGAUUCCAUCAGAGCAUUUGAACAUCCUGGGUUUAUUAUGAGGCUUGUAUUAGAGGGUGACACAGUGAAAUUUGAGCCAGAUUUCAAGGAUUUUGAGGUACCAGCUUGCUUAUAUUUAAAAAUUAUCAUCAUUUUUUAUAUUCAUUAUUAAUGUUCAUUGAUGAUUAAUAGUCAAUAAGUUAAUAUAUUGUUCUGUUGCUGAUUAAUCAGUAAUUUAAUGAAAAGUCAAAUUGCGUCAAUGGCAAAAUACUUUUGUUACGUGAAUCUGACUGGUUCUUAAACAGCCUUUAUUUGUCACUUGAUGUAACUGACACUGCACCAAAGUUAGCUUAGCUUUUUACUCUUUAUUGUGGCUAAUUUACGUUUUCAACCCGGUUGUUAACACUAAAUUAACUGCACCAAAGUGUCUGAUGUAACUUGUAAUUAUAGCAGUCUCUUAAAAUUUAACAACUAGCUUACCAAUGCUAGCCAAUCAAAAGCAAGGAAAAUUAUUUGGGAGCAGAUUACCAAGGUUCUGAUUGAAAACAGAAAAUAAAUGAAAUAAACUGGUUCUGUGAGUGGUAUUUAGAUAUGUUUCCUAAAAGUUUUGACAGCUGUUUUACUCAUGUAUUGACCUUAGGAAAGCCUUGAUAUGAGCAUUAAUAUGACAAUGAAAAUUAUCAAGAAGUAAUUAAAUGCUGUGGUGAUUUGAAACCGCUCAUCUUUUACUCUUUAAAUGUUACUAAUUUUGGUUCUAUUACCUUUACUCACUAUGUUCAUUUUGUUCCAGGUGGUUUUGCUGAAUGUGUAUGAUGUAAUGAUCAAAGCAGUUAUGGUUGUGCCCAGAGUGGAAACCAAGUUGUACUCAGAAUGGGUUAGUUGACAGACUAUAACUUAUUCAAUUGGUGUUUUAUGGUAGAAAAUGUCUAGUAAUACAGUGUUUACCAUCCAUAAGGUCUCCAAAGCCACUUAAUGAGAAAUGAAGGGUCACAUGAACUAGAUGUAACAUUUUCAGAGGUGAUUGAAUGUAAAAAGAUUGUGAUGGGUAGGGACAACAACAAGCAUGUUCAUGAGCCUUACAGUUAAGGCCUGUUGUACAUGAGGGUAUGGUCAUCAGUCUUGCAUCCUUCCAUGGAAAAAAACUGUUGAGAUAGAUGAGCUUCAAUAUAAAUGUAUGCCAGUCCUAAAUUCAAAUCAGGUUCAUAUGCAUGUACAUGUAUCAUACUUUUCCAGUCCAUUUGCCUCUUUCAAUGUAAUUUUGUGAGGAAAGUAUCACAAAAUAUGUGUGGGUAAGCAAGUUAAAGCAGAUUUAGCAACAUUGACAAGGAAUAUGAAAUUUUUUUUUUUUGAAGGUUAACCUAGUACCAUUUCAAAAAGUGAGGCUUUCAUAUGCCUGUAAGAAAAUUGUCUCAACAGGUUUUGUCUGUGAUUUUAUGUCCAACAGCUUUCAAAAAUUUUACAACUUGAAUAACAAUUGUGCUGGUAUACAUAUAUAUAUGGAGUAAUUUAGUAUUAUCAGCUGAGUUGAUAUCAUAAGUUGGCCACCGUAAAAAGUUUUAAAGCCGACAUUUCAAGCGUUAGCCCUUUGUCAUUCACUCUGAAGAAGGGCUAGUGCUCAAAACAUGAGUUUCAUAACUAUUUAUGGUGGCUAAUGUACACUAUCAAUUCAGUUGAUAAUACUUAAUUAUCCUGUUAUACUCUCCCAAUGACACAGCAUCACAGUUUCUUUAGAGACUUACCCCCUGUAUACAUAUACAUCACAUGUUAGCAGUUGCCUCUAGUGAGGUUUAGACUGGCCAUCACAGCACUAUUUAAAGUGGAAAAAGUCCAGUGUUACUUUCAUAAUGGCAGCAGUAUUUGCAAUAUUUUGAUAGUUUAGUUUUUUUUUUGUUUUUGUCCUAGUCUGGAACAAAGAAAACACUCAAACCUGUGGUCUCUGAUGAAAUUGUCAAUGAGGCAAAAGCAAAGGUAAGUCUAUGAAGGGCAAUGCAUGUAACCACACUUUUCUUUGUGCUUACCAAUAGUCUGCAUAUAAAUUUUCAGUAUUAUAUAAUUUUGUCCCUGAUCAUCAUGACAUCCUGAGAGAAAAAACACAUUAAUUUGAUGAUCAAUUUUAGCUGGUGAUAAUGUCCACUAUGUAGAACUCUUAUUAAUUUGUUCCAAAAAAAAAAUUUCUUUCAUUUAACUAACAUAAACAUUGUAGGUACAAGCUGUGGUAGCACGUGAAAUGUCUGGACCAAAAGAACACUUGAAAUUUUAUGACAAAUUCAGAGACCUGAUCAGCCGAAAGGUAAUUUGUAUACAGGAAAAACUUUAUUUCACUGUGUUGUAAAUAUAUUAAUAUUAUACAUGAAAAAAUUACUCAGUUCUGAUUGGUUAAGAUAAUUGCAGUUUUCAGGUAUUUCGUUGCAGAAGAAGGUGAAUUUGGUGCAAAGAAGUAACAAACCAGACAUUCAAUUCCUUGAACUGUUUAGCUGGACUUUGAACUUUUUUGCACCUUAAAGAUGUGAAAAUAUCAUUGUGUAUUAUUGUUUUGAUCAUAUGCAGUUGUUUUGACCAAAACGCAGAAUGUCGCUAGCAGAAUUUGAAUAACUUGUUUUUGUACUUGAUGUGCUCGCUUUGCUUCUGUAUUAAAUUAUGAUAACCUAUCUUGUAUUUUUUCAUGUACUGGUAUAUUGUUAACACAUAAUCACAUGAUUUUUCUCAUGCAAUUUGGAAUAAAUAAGCACUUGUAAAUUUUUUCAAAGACCACAAAUUGCACUGGCCCAGUGAGCUCAUGCAAAUCGUGUGAUUACCUAUAUUAAUAAUGCAAAAGGUGUGGCUCAAUGCAUCUUGCACUGCUAGUGCUUUACCCUAAGUUGAGGUGGUACAAUCAAGUUUUGAUACUAGUAAAUGUAGAGCAUGUCAUGAAAUGAAACAGUAGAUACACUGCAAAACAAUAUGAAUAUAAUUUCAUGAGCUCAUAUUUUUCUAUAUAUUUAAUUUCCUUGUCAGUAAUGGUUGCAUUGAAUUCAUUUCUCUAAAUCCAUUUUUUAUGAUUAUUUAAUCUACAGGCAGAAGCAGAUGUUGAUCAAUUCAUGUUGGAAGGUCACAAAUUUCCCCGCUUUGCAAAGGUCAGAGUUCUUUCCUUAACUUGUAACUUGUUGCGUAUAAUUUUGGCAAAGAUUUACCUUAAGUUGUAAAGUAAUCAGAAUCUUUGUUAAGUAGUAAAUAAAUUGAAAACAAUGAAUAGCGGGGGAAUUUAAAAUUUGUUUACUUGUUGUAGGAGGUGGAAAAAUAUGCAAAAUUGGUUGACAACAUCCAGUACAACUCUCAAAAGGUAAGUUUGAAGUAGAAGAUAGUUGAAAUUCAUCUUGAUUAUAAUCCAACAAGUUUACAGAAUGAUUGUACAGAAUAGAGUGCAUAAUCAACAUGCAAUGUUGUUAUUAUGUGAAAUCUAUUUAUCCCUUUUCUUCAGGUGACAAGAGUUGGGAUGUUUGAAUUACACUGUGAUGAAUUAAUCAGAGCAUUAGCCAAGAGAGCAGAUGGCUUAAGAACUAAACUGCUACAGAGAAUGAGCAAAGAUCAUCAGGUUUUAAAUAAGAGGUAAACUCCUUUUGGUAAAAUGUGUAUGGAAUAGUUGAGCUUCAUCCUUAAUGUAAAUUGAAGGGAAUGUAACUUAUUCUGAUGAUAUUUUUAUUUGGGUUUUUUUCAAGACUCAGCGAGGAGUAUGAGAAGAUAGCAGAGAAAGCCUUGACUUCUCCCGCAAAUACAGAACAUCUGAUGGAGCUCAAGGUAUCCUUCAAAUGAAAAGGCACUCUCAGAAAAAUUAUUAAUUAAGGAUUAAGUUGAAACAAACAAAUUCCUGCUCAUUGACUCUGAAUAUUCAGGAUUGCUAAAUAACAUUUUUGUGAACACAAGUUUAACCAGCUUAUUGGAUGACAUUGAGCAGUUUUCAAUUGAGUGUUGAAAAACCAAACCAAAGGAGACCUAACAACCAAUCAAAAUAGAGUAUAACGAUAACAUUAACAACUGAGAACUCCAAGGGAAAACAAGCAAUCUACUUGAAGUGCUGGAAAACACAAAUGACCAAUUGGUGAUUGUUUUUAGUUUUGCAUCUGAUAAGUUGAGUAGGAGAGCAGCAUAAGUUUUCUCAACUAAUCACAGGGAAAAGUUAAGUAAAACCAAAUCAGUCAAGGAUUGCUUUUGCUCUAAAGAGCUUAUCAAUGAUUCCUGCUUGUUCUUUUACAUGCAGCUGUUAAAUUUUUUGUGGAAUGAUAAACUAAGUGAAUGCUUGAAAGUGAACAAUAAUUUAUGUAAGCCUAAGUUCAGUCUAAAAGUAAUUGUGAUAUCAAUUAAAAGUAUUUACUUGUAUCUCUUAUAUAGAAUUAUAUUGAGCAAGUGGAGAAUGAAACAAUAUUUGACCUUGAAAAGAGACUGGUGGACACCAAGAACAGACUGGCCUUCUUGGUAAGAUUGUAGCAUGUAUAUUUAUAUUUCAGAAUAUAAAGAAAUGGGUCAAUAAUUUGCUAAGAGUAAAUUUCUUUCAAAAUAACCCAAGGCAAUAAGGCUUGUUAAACUAUGAAAAGUCUAAUAAACAAGCUUAACUUGCUGUAAAAAGAAAAAAGUGGGGUUUUUUAUGUAUCAUGAUUUUGUAUGUCUUGCAUGCAUACAUGUAAGUUCAACUUUCAAUAGGAACUGAGUUAAGAACUCAAGUUUGGAUUUCUACUACAUUAAGUGACUUUGUCCUCAUUGACAGGUGGACUAUGCAUCAUUUUCUCCAGCUGACAUGAGACUAAACAACAGUGUCUUUCAAUGGCAUUUCCGCAUGCCAGAGGUCUUUGAAGAGCACAAAAAGAUUAUCAAUGCAAACCGUGUACAAUAUGAAAACAGCCUCAAGGUAAGACAGUCAGCCUCAAGGUAAGACAGUCAGCCUCAAAGUAAGACAGUCAGCCUCAAGGUAAGACAGUCAGCCUCAAGGUAAGAGAGUCAGUCUCAAGGUAAGACAGUCAGCCUCAAGGUAAGACUGUCAGCCUCAAGGUAAGACAGUCAGCCUCAAGGUAAGACAGUCAGCCUCAAGGUAAGACAGUCAGCCUCAAGGUAAGACAGUCAGCCUCAAGGUAAGACAGUCAGCCUCAAGGUAAGACAGUCAGCCUCAAGGUAAGACAGUCAGCCUCAAGGUAAGACAGUCAGCCUCAAGGUAAGACAGUCAGCCUCAAGGUAAGACAGUCAGCCUCAAGGUAAGACAGUCAGCCUCAAGGUAAGACAGUCAGCCUCAAAGGAUAAAAUAGUUACAAGGAGAGAGAGGUUGUUUGAUUGCAUGACCAUUAUUUUACUCAUCAGAUGCGACGUGAGAGGUUUGUAGAGGAAUUGGAAAGCUACUCAAAACAGCUUGAAGAGUUCCAGACAUUUGGUGACAUGCAAGAAAUUCAGCGUUAUCUCAAAAAAGCACAGGCUCUCAAUCAGAGACUAGAGUCAGCUGCUGAAAAGGUAGGUCUUUCUAUUUUUAUGAUCUUUGAAAGAAAUUUUUUUACCCCUGUUCAACAAGAGUAAAGCAUUAGACAGGAUUUUAGAACUUGAUUCUUACAGUGCACCAUUCUUUGAAAUCUUGAAAAUGAAAUUUCUACAAUUUUUAUGGGUCUGGAUGUCAUUUUCCAUAUUCAUUUUUUCAUUAUUAGUAUGUCAUUCAUGGAUAGUAAUUAAUGUUUACCAAAUUCAAAUUGAUUGUAGUUGGUGAGAGGUCAACAUCAAGAUAUAACCUUUUUUUUUGUUUCCUUGUAUAGAUACUGACUUUCAACCAAGAAGAAGAAGCUUUUAAUUGGGAUGUGACGACCUAUCCUCAGAGACAGCAGCUUAUCAACACCUUGAAUCCUUACUUAAAACUUUAUGAAACAACUGUAGAGUUUCAGAACAAAUACAAGUAGGUGACAUUUUGUUGUCAAUACACAACUUUCAUUUUUUCAUUCUCCUUAAAGAGGUUAGAUUAAACUCUUUCUUUUGCAAAUGAAUAUCCUGUUUACAUGCAGUGGUAAUUCUCAUGAUUUCUUGAACUAGAUGUGGAUAACAAUUACACUAGGCAAAUAUUUUAGUACAACACUAGGAUUUCUGCAAGCAUACUUUGUCAAAUUUGGGUGGAAAGGUCAUGUUCAGAGCCACAAAUUGACAAUUUGUUAUUCUUUUCUUUCUAUCCUUGUUACUCAUUUUCAAAACUAUAGUUAGAUUAAAUAAUUCUAAUUUUUAUAUAACCUUACUUCAACACAUAUAUCUAGGUUUUAGCAUGUUCAUGGACUGUAACCUGUAUAGAACAUAACCUGUAUAGAAAAUCUAUCUUUUAAUUAUCUUUUAACUUUCAAGUGAUGAAAGUAUGUUGUUUUGAAUACUUUAGCUUUAGAGAGUGUGUUAAUGUAUUUUAGUGUAAUUGUUUUUUCUUCUCAAUGAAGAGAGUGGAUGGAAGGACCAUGGGGAACUAUGGACCCAGAUAAAGUUGAUGGAGAAACAGGGAAUUUUUGGAGAGCACUUUACAAACUGGAGAAGCAGUUUUCUGAAGUACCAAAUGCACAAAAGAUUGCUUCAAGGGUAAGCUUAUCCUUCCUAAAAGUUAACUAAUCAUGCAGUUAAAUACAAGCCUUCAUACUUAUUUGAUCAAGAAGAAGGAAGAGUGAAACAUUUUAACUGUGUAGGGUACAAUGCUUUGAAGUUCUGUGCUAGUUUGUGGCAUGCAAAGGACUUUGUACUCCAAACUUGUUAAAUAGCAGUGAAUGUUGCUAACUUUGUCAACCCUUACUCAAUGACUAUGUGACAAAGAGUUUUGGAAAUACAUGUACCAUUACUUCAUAAUUUCUUCUGUACAGCAUUAUUGACAUGUGUGGCACAUGGCCCAUGUAACCAACUGAAGGUUUGUUAUUUUUGAUUUUGAUGAAAAUAGAUGAAAGGAAAAGUGGAUGAGUUUAAAGAACACCUUCCCUUAGUUCAGGUUUUGUUUAAUCCUGGCCUUCGUGACAGACAUUGGGAGAAGAUGUCAGAAAUUCUGGGUUAUCCGCUUAAGCCUGAUGAAGAUACUAACCUUGCUAAAAUGGUGGAGAUGAACCUUGAGCCUUACCUUACUCAGUUUGAGACUAUUAGUGAGGCUGCCAGCAAAGAGUUCUCCCUUGAAAAAGCUAUGGAAAAGAUGGUUCGUGAGUGGGAUGAGGUAUGCGAUUAUGCUGCAUGUAGUUUUUUCACAGGACCUGCACUUUAAAAAUUGUUUUCUACUUAGCACAUUGCAAUGUAGGUAUAGUAGUAAACUAACUUCUCAGUUGGAAAAUAGGGAGGAUGAUCUCAAAUUCCUCUUCAAAAAAAGUUUUGUAAAAUUGUUCUUUCUCUGGAUAGUUGUCAUAAAAUUUUUAAGGAUUUAAGACAUUUACAAUCAAUACCAAAAACCAUUGUCAUCCUUAAGAUUGAUCAUCAAUUGAUGGUAAUUAUCAUUAUUGCUAUCUUCUUCAGGGUCAUGGUUUUGUCCCUAGUCAUUGUGUGACAAAAUUACUCAUUGUUUGUCAUUUUGUGUACUAUAUUUUCAUAGUUAAGCACCUGAGACAUAAUUUCAAUUGAUGAUGUCAUUGCCAUAACCUUGGUAAUCGCUUUGGAGCUAAUUUUUUUUCCCUUUUAGAUUGAGUUUGUCAUGAUUCCUUACCGUGAAACUGGCACUCACAUUUUGUCAUCAAUUGAUGACAUCCAGACACUGUUGGAUGAUCAGAUUGUGAAAACACAGACAAUGAGAGGGUCACCAUUUAUUAAACCAUUUGAGACAGAAAUCAAGUAUGUAGAUGAUUCUUAACAUUUUUUAGUUUUCAGUUUCCUCUGGUGUUUCAUCAGGUUCAUACAGAGUUGCCUUCUUAGAUUUAAUGACUCAAACGUUUCUUUUUCUAUGGCACUUUGGUAUGUCUCAAAAGUCAUUUAUUAAAGUUUUAAUUAGUUUUUGAUACUUUACUGAUAUACAUGUAGGGAUAUAAAGAUAGCAAAUGAUCAGUAUAUCAAUUUUUAUUGCAUUGCAUUUGUCUACAGGUGUAUGACAUUGUUGAUAGCCUUGCCUUAAGGGGGAGGCCUUCAUUUCCUCUUUCCCCCUGCUGCAACUUUGCUAUGUCUGCAAACUAUAAAGCAAUUGUAUUUCACAGCAGUCACAGUACUGUUGGUUAAUGUUUUUGAGAUUAUCAUUUUAAAGGGCCAUAAAAGGGUUGCAGUUUGGAAGCUGAGAAUCACAAAAGAGUAAUCUGUUAUAGUGAUCAAAAAACAUUUUGGUUAAAUGUUUCUUUUCUUUUUUGUUUGUUAUUCAGGGAAUGGGAAAGCAAGCUAAUGCUCACACAAGAAAUCAUUGAUGAAUGGCUGAAGGUGCAGGCCACAUGGCUGUACUUAGAGCCCAUUUUUAGUUCCCCUGACAUCAUGGCUCAGAUGCCAGAAGAGGGAAGGUCAGUACUGCUAUUUUGGUGAUCUUUAAAAUACUAUAUAUUCUGCUCAACAACUUCUGUUUUGAUUUUGUUUAUCAUGCAGGCGGUUUAGCACUGUUGACAAGAACUGGAGAGAAAUCAUGAAAGUGGCUGUCUUGGUGAGUAUGAAACAAACUGUCCCAUCUAUAACUAUUCUAACAUCAUUGUUCAGUAUAUCAGUAUGGGACCAUUUUAGUGUAACACCUUGACUGAAAUGAUUUCUUUGGUGCAUCUGUCUGGCAUUUUUUUUCACAGGAUUGCCAUGUUCUCACUGUAGUGGCCAUAGAAAAGAUGUUGGAACGUUUGAAGAAGUCAAAUGAAUUGCUAGAGCUCAUUUUGAAGGUUUGCUUGUUUUGAUACUUUCAGACAAGAUUGUUGAGGAUUUUGCCUAGUAGAAACAAAGCAUCAUUUAUUCCAUGUGUGUGUGACCUGCAAAUGCAAAUACAACCAUUCCCCUCUGGGAUAUUGAGAAAUUUUUUAGACACUCAUUGUUUCAUUGUACUCUAAUAUACACAAUCCUUGACUGCAAAAUGCAUUAAUCUACCUUUGUAUCCAAAUGCUCAUUUUAGGGACUAAAUGAGUACCUUGAAAAGAAGAGACUUUACUUUCCACGCUUCUUCUUUUUGUCAAAUGACGAGCUUUUGGAAAUUCUUUCUGAAACAAAAGAUCCAAAGAGGUUUGUAACUGUUUGCCAAGAGUAUAUUCUCUAAUGAUUCAUUAAUACCACAUUUCUUGCCCUAUAAUCCAUUAAAGUUCAUCUGAACCUUUACUGAUUUAUAAGUUAAAAGUUACAAAAAGUUCAUCCUGGAUUCAGCACAGUGAUGCAAUGAAUGUGUUAUUUUUUUUAACUAAAUUUUUUGAUAUUGAAAUUGACAAGGAGAAAGACCCAUGACCCCCCCCCCUCUCAUCUAAUCUAGCAGUUUUAGAAAAAUUGUCCCAAAAAUGAUCCUAAUUAAGCCCUAAAAGAGAUUGUCACCUAAGCUCUUGUUGAAGGCUCUGCAAACUUCAGUUGCUAAACCAACUAGUAGCUGCAUGUGCAAAGUUAUUACUAUGUAAGAUCAAAAUCAUUCUGUUCAUUCAAGAUAGAAAACAAGAUAUUUGUGUAUUGCUCUGAUUGUGCAAUGCCUUUAUUUUAGGGCAUUUCAUAAUAAAUAAUUGGCCUAGUAUUUACUGUACUUAGUAGUGUCCCAAAAUAAGCUACAUGCCCAGUGAGUGCUAACCUUUGGUUGGCCAUCAUGUAACUUGCAAAGUAUAACAAUACUUGAUUAUAUCAGACCCUCUUCACAAAUAGUACAAAUUACAUAUGAUUCUUAAUUAUUUAUUAGAGUGCAACCUCAUCUUAAGAAGUGCUUUGAAGGAAUUGCAUCACUAGAAUUCACAGACACAUUGGACAUAACCAGUAUGAAGAGUUCUGAGGGUGAAAUUGUGCCCCUCAAGGACGUAAUCUCCACAUCAAAAGCCAGAGGACAAGUAGAGAAAUGGCUGUUGGAGCUACAGGAGGACAUGAUUGCUAGUAUCAGAAAGGUAACUGGAAAUUCUUGUUUUAGAGUUGUUCCUCUCUAUCUUGUUUUAGAGUUAUCCCUCUCUAUCUGUUCACAAAUAUUUCAUCACCUCUUACAUGUAUUUUCUCUGACUGCUGUAUGUGUCAAAAUAUUCUCUAGGUCAUCAUGGAAGCUAAAGAGGCCUAUGAAAAGACAGAGCGAGUGAAAUGGGUGAGGGAUUGGCCUGGACAAACAGUUCUUUGUGUUUCACAGUUGUACUGGACACUGGAGAUACACAAAGCAAUCAAGGGUGGUGCCAGCGUAAGUUAUCUUUUUUAUUAAUUAAUUUUUUUGUUCUUGUUUAUUUUUGUGGGAGCAACAAUGUACAUAGCAGUUAUUCCACCCUUUGUGGUUUAUUUGCUAUUUGCAAUCUGGGUUAAUAUGCAUCAUCUGUCAAAUUUUUUCCCUUAAUUGCUUAUUAAUUGUUGCCUCUUGUGUGUUUCUCUUCUUAAGCAAACAAUUUUAUUCUUGAAACUGAAACAUGUCAAAAAUACUGAAAAUAUCCUAACAUUGCUCUCAUCCUCAAGCAUUCCUUGGACUUUUCUGAUAAUUAGCUAUGAUGAUUGCAAAUCUUUAUCCAGUAUAAUGUUGUUGUUUUGAAGGCUAACAGAAACUUGUUAUGUCUGUUGUUAUAUUAUGGAGGGGAACACCACCUGUGGACCCUUUUGAGUCCUUUUACAAAAGGCAAUCACUUCAAUUAAUGGAAUAUGCAAUUGUUAACUUCUGCGCUUUCAUUUACGUGACAAAAUUACAUUUAAUUACCGUUAUGUGUAAGUGUUUCUGUCUUUGUUUUUCCAGGCUCUAAAUGAUUACCUUCAGCUUAACAACAGUCAAAUCGAAGACAUUGUGGCUUUAGUGCGAGGCAAAUUGUCAAAACAAAACAGAGCCACCUUAGGUGCCUUGGUGGUUCUGGAUGUACAUGCAAGAGACGUGCUCGCUAAACUUUGUGAAUUGGGUGAGACAAUUACGUCAAUCACAAUAAUGAGCUUGAUAGCGACUUUUAAAUAAUUUUCAGUGCUUUAACAAGAAGUUAUCUAAUAAUUAUAAAUAGCUAGUAGGCAAUGGGUUGUACUCUGAUUUCUGUUACUUGAACCAAUUUUUUUUCUUUUUAAUCUGAAACAAAGGUUCUCAAAACAUUUUAGCUCCUACAAGUGCACAUCAAUAUACAGACGUUUCUCAGUGUAAAUUCUUAGGAAAUGUAACCACCUGACCUGUCCAUCUUUAGUCUGUUUCAAACAAUAAGUUAUAUCUUUAAUCUUUUUUUCUGUUCAGGUAUCCAGAGAGAAGAUGACUUUGAGUGGUUGGCACAACUUAGAUACUACAUUGAGGUACUACUCCAUAUAUAUAAUACAUGUCACAUGACAUCAAAAAAAUUUUUUUAAUGCAAUUUUUUGCAUUAUAUUGUUUAGGAAGAGAACAUAAUGACAAGAAUGAUAAGUGCCCAGUUAGCCUAUGGUUAUGAGUACCUUGGAAACUCUGGACGUCUUGUUAUCACUCCACUAACAGACAGAUGCUACAGGUGAGCUGACAGGACACUAUACAAACAUGCUAAUUAAAUUCUGUUUGUCUCACAAUGGAUGCUGAAUUUGCCUCAAAUGUUGUAGAUGUUCGCAAUUCCUGCAUCAUAGAGGAACUAGGAAUUUUUUAACUAGUCAUUGUAGGUUACUCUGUAACUGUUACAAUACAUGUAACUUUCUUUGAUGUUCCAUCAACACUAAUAAUAUAUUCUCCCAGUUGGAGAGGCAUACUGUGAGGUGAUUGUCAUUUCUAAGAUCACAAAGGCAAUUCGCCUAGCUCGUUCUCAAAUGGUAAAUGCUUGAUCCAAGGUCUUAUAUACUCAUUGUCAGUCUGCAAUACUAAAGAAAUAAAAAACGCGUCGAGUUCAUUGUUGAGUUAUAUAAGCACGCGGGAAUUUUUAAGAACACGAGAGAAGUGCGGAGAAGCAUAAGCCAAAGGUGAGUCUUUCUUGCACUUCACGAGUAUUCUUAAAAAUUCUCCAGUGCUUAUAUAACUCAACAAUGCUCCAGGAACAAUUUUUUUCAUUUCUUUUAUAAAAUGUAUCGUGAAUUGCGCGCGCUCGUACCGAUGACGAAGGCUGCGUGCUAUAUAUAUCUCAAUAGUGCACUUGUGUGACGUAAGGCGCGUGCUUUAUGGAAAUAUAAUGAACUCGUUCUGACCAAUAACGGCGCGCGUAUUUCUCUGAACAUUUUUUAAAUGUAUUUAAGUGCUCUUAUAUGGACAUACUUUAGCAAUAAUUUCGCAUUCCUGCAAUUGUUUGAUUGUCGUGAUUCUUUACCACCUAGGACUCUGUUUGGAGCUCUACAGUUGCACUUGGGGGGUGCCCCUGAGGGUCCUGCUGGAACAGGCAAGACUGAAACAACCAAGGAUUUAGCCAAAGCUGUGGCCAAACAAUGUGUUGUAUUUAACUGCUCUGAUGGACUGGACUACAUUGCACUUGGAAAGUUCUUCAAGGUUGGCUUAUUUACUUGUUUAUCUCUACUAUUAACAACAGAACAAUAAGAAAGAAAUGAAAUACCUGAAAGCCUACAUAUAUUGUUUCCUUGAGCUUUGAAAACUUUUGGAUGCAUGAAACAAUCAAUAAAAUCAAGUUUUCCUGGCUUGAGCUGAUAGUCAUGAAAUGUUUUACAAAAGGAGCACGGCUGAGUUACUCAUGGUAAAAUAUUCCCCCUUUCAUUUUGGGCAUUUCGGAAGUUCUCCAGAGUUACUGAAUUUUGGCAUAUGACAUUUGGUCCAGACAAUACACGUGGUUUGGAACAUUGUCACUGGUUCACACUUUGUUUUAAAGAACUGGUCCUUGCAAAAACAUCCACAUUCCUAAUGUUGACCUUUGUUUCCAAACCCUGUCAGUAAGGAGGUGCAGCCACGAGUCAAUAUUCUUAUUGAUUGCAAUGUACUUUGACUUGCAGGGUCUGGCUUCGUGUGGGGCGUGGUCGUGCUUUGAUGAAUUCAACCGAAUUGACUUGGAGGUGUUGUCUGUGGUGGCUCAGCAGAUUCUAACCAUUCAAAUGGGUAUGACAAAGUUGGCAUUUUGGCUGAUCUGAAGUUGCAUUUGCAUAGUUAAACUAAAUUAUAUUUGUUUAAUACUCCCAGGUAUCAACUCAGGGUCAGAUACUCUGCUGUUCGAGGGAACAGAAAUCAAGUUGGAUCCAUCCUGUGCCACAUUUAUUACCAUGAAUCCAGGAUAUGCUGGCAGGUCUGAGUUACCAGACAACCUCAAGGUAUGCUGAUAUUUGUGGAUGAACACGCUAUGUUUUAGUUUUCCUUUCAUUUGACUGGCUACCACUGCUUUGGUUUCCACAGGCUCUGUUUAGAACAGUCGCCAUGAUGGUCCCCGAUUAUGCCCUGAUUGCCGAGAUAUCAUUGUACUCCUAUGGUUUUGUGAAUGUAAGUGGACCUCUCACCUAUUUUGCUGCCUUAUACAGCUUAUUUUAUGUUUGACUUCUCAAUCAAAAUCAUUGUUUUAUUGUUAAUUAGGCUCGUCCCCUGGCUGUGAAAAUUGUCACCACCUACACACUGUGUUCCGAGCAACUGUCAUCACAGCAUCACUAUGACUACGGCAUGAGAGCUGUUAAGUCUGUGCUAACUGCUGCAGGAAACUUAAAGGUAAUGAGGUGAUGAAGUGGAUUACUUCACUUUUUGCUCUCAGGAAAACUCUUUUAUUGUGAUUUGCUCCAUAAGGAGUUUCAUUCUUUCUUUUUCUUUUUCAGUUGAAAUAUCCAGAAGAAAAUGAGGACAUAUUGAUGUUACGUUCCAUCAAUGAUGUUAACCUACCCAAAUUCUUGGCUCACGACUUGCCAUUAUUUGAAGUAAGUAAUUCACCAGGACAUUUUUAUCGUUCUUUUUGAUAUCGAGAUCCACAACUUACUCUGCUCCUUUUUUCACUUAGGGGAUUACUUCUGAUUUGUUCCCCGGUGUCAAACUGCCCAAACCUGAUUACACAAUUCUGACAAAUGCUGUUCAAGAAAACUGCAAAGCAAUGAAUCUGCAGAUGGCAGACCAGUUCCUCACCAAGAUCAUACAGGUUAGUUGUAACCUGGAACAUGCCAUAACCAGUGUUUUGUUGGUCGUUAUAAAAUAACCGAGGUAUUACGAGUGCACUGAUUGGUAAAAAAACUAUCGUUUGUUGCACUGGUGAACCCAUAGUAGCUUAUAAAAGCAAUAAUCCACACUUUUUAUCGGUUUACCAGCGUAACAACUCAAUUAUGAUAAGAUAUGAUAAUGAUAACACUGGAUAAGUUUAUGGAUCGCUCACCUUCAGCACUUGAGUUACACAUUUUUCUCGUGUUCUUCCAACAUUGUGAGUGGGUGAUUACGCAGGUAAACUGAUGGAAAGUCUGGUCUAUUUCUUAAUUGUCAUAAGUAUUGCAAACAUAUAAUCUUUGAUAAGUAACAUCAAUAGCUACUGUAUGGGAACUUUGUAUAUGCCCAGGCAACUAUUUCGUACUGAUGACUUAUUUAUAAAUACACUUCUCUACGUAAUACCUCCAUCCAUUUAUUGACGACUCCAACGGUCUUUUGAUGCCCCUAUUUCAUACAUGUAAGCUUUUCCUUUCAAUCGCUCAUUAAUUCUCUUCUAUGAAAGAUGUUCUUCUAGCUGUAAACAAGAAUUUCCGUUAUAAAAUAAGUCCGAACUGGAUAUUUCAUGCCCAAGGACUCUAAUUAUUAAUUGACCAAAUCUUAGCAACCGUCAAGGUUACGCACGGUAUCUUAUUUUACUCAAGAUGAUCUUUUUGAAAAGGUUUUAUCGUAUUGCUGUCUCUGACAUAUUGGUCGCUUAACUGGACCGACUACAAAUUUGUCUAUGAAGGCCAAAUGGUGAAAAUGUAAAAGGUGCAAUAUCUCUACUUCACGUUCCACGGUACAUUUACUCGCAGAUCUACGAAAUGAUGAUUGUGCGUCAUGGCUUCAUGAUUGUGGGAGAACCAUUUGGUGGCAAGACGUGUGCUUAUCGUGUGUUAGCUCGUGCCUUGAGUGAUGUGGCAGAACAAGGUUUGAUGGAGGAAAACAAGGUGCAGACUGUGGUCAUCAACCCCAAAGCUAUCACCAUGGGUCAGCUGUAUGGACAAUUUGACCCAGUCUCUCAUGAAUGGUCAGAUGGAGUCUUAGCUGUUAAUUACAGAGCGUUUGCUUCCUCAACAGUGAGUACUUUUUUAACUUUUCCUAACCAUAAGCCAACCCAAACUCAAAUUUCCUCUAUCAAAAAAUGAUUCCUGUAGAAAAAUAAAUAACGAUCAGUAGAGAUUGCUGAAAAUCUUAAAAUGAUACAACUCAAGCUACGUAUCUGUAAAAUCACGUUCUGUAAGAGCUCUUAUUUUUAAACCCUACAAAUGUGUGCAGAGUCAUCAAGUUUAAUUUCACGAUUCUAUGGCUCAAACAGGUACAGGAUAGGUGCAAAGCUGUAAGAUAGAAAAAUGAAGAAUACCCAAUUUGGUUGUGCCAUUUUGGAGAAAAAUCUCUUGUAGUGAUCUUCAAAGGAAACUGUGAUGAUGAUGACUCUUUUCAUUUUACAUAAUAGUGUUAUUGUCAAAGUGUUCGUCUUUAAACUUGAAAUUUUUCGUUUGACAGACUCCAGACCGCAAGUGGUUGAUUUUUGACGGACCUGUUGAUGCCGUGUGGAUUGAAAACAUGAACACUGUACUGGAUGACAAUAAAAAGGUAAAAAUAAAUCUCAAGUAUUUUUUAUUUCCUUCUUUGCACCCAAACAUGUUUAUCCUUUGAUGUUAAAAAAACCUUAUUCCUUCUUCAUAAAAUAAUCAACAUGCUUGGGUACUAAGACAACUACUUAUUGAGAUAUAAGCUCGUUUACAUUUGAAUUCGUUCUUCUUUUGUUAGCUUUGCCUUAACAGUGGUGAAAUUAUCCAGCUUGCUCCCACCACUAACUUGAUCUUUGAGCCGAUGGAUUUGGAGGUCGCCUCACCAGCCACCGUAAGUACUGUAUGCUGACAUGUAGAUCCGGCUUACAUGUACGUUAAUAAGGAGAAUUUGAUGCCUUUGUGAUAACAUCGCCAUUGUUUAAAAGUCUAAACAAUUUAGUCCUCUCGGAUGGGGCAAUAAACCGUUGUCUCGGUCUCUUGUACAUGUAUCUUGGCUGUCAUCAGUCAUUGUUGAAGAACUCAAAUUCUGGGGCACGUAACUCUUAUUGUUCUAAUGUGGUUAAGGUGGGGAACGCUCUCACUGAUGAAUUGGUUAAUAUUUUCUACUAAUUCGGCAAGCUGGUCGAUCUAAGAAAGCGCAGGGGACUCUCCUUUAUCUAAUUGUUUUUGCGUUGUUAAAUAACCGUCUCCUGUGUGUUUUUAGGUGAGUCGUUGUGGUAUGAUUUACAUGGAGCCUCACAUGCUCGGAUGGAAACCGCUUCUUGUAUCGUGGCUCAGCACUCUUCCCAAAACUUUGAAUGAGGAAAACUUGGAACUCAUUAAGGACCUGUUUGACAGGAUGGAGGAAGCGCUGCUGCAAUUUGUUCGCAAAGGGGGCUUUAAGGUAAUGUAAUAUAACCAUGUGGUACCUCGUGAAAUCGUUAAUAGAUUUGUCAACCAUCUGACAGUGUAUACUUCAAAUCUAUGAUCGGCCUUAACACUAAGUUAAUUAAAUUGUGGUUUUAUAGGAACUGUCUCCCACAACAGACAGUAACAUGGUGAAGUCCCACAUGAACUUGAUGGACACCAUGAUGGAUGAGUUCCAUGACGAACAGAAAUUUAAGGAGCUCAACGAAAGAGAAGUGGCUGCGUGGCUUGAGGUAUUCAUCUAUCUCCUUUGCUUCUCUGCGUAGACUUUAUGGUCCUUGUGUUUUCUGAUCUUGGUCUUUUCGAUUCUGUUCCCAUUAGUGUAUCUUCCUCUUCUCGUGUGUUUGGUCUCUCGGUGCUUCCAUUGAUUCUCGCGGAAGAAAGGAUUUCGACAAGAUACUCCGAGAAGUUGUAGAGGUAAAUCUAUGUAUUAGGCAUAUCUACAUGUAAUUGCUUCUUGACUUUUAGUUGUGCAGGUACAUCUGGCGAUAUAAAUGCACACGAAUUCUCACAAUCAGACAUCUACUUAUUAUUGUAUUAAGACUUAUACUGCUACUUGAAUAUUCGGCUUCUAAAAGUGUUUUGCAUCAUGACUUAUGUGAUGUCCAAAGGUUCCGAUAACAUUAUUGUAAAGCCAAUUUACUUACCCACUCUCAGACUUCUUUACGCUUCGUCUCCACCCCUUCUCCGGCUGAAGUAGGGUCGUGUUUGGGUGUAAAAUAUGUUCCAGGUGUUGGAGAAAUACAAUGCCCCAGAGAAGUUAGAGUCGCUAAUUUUGACCUCUUUUCGCUUACUAUUCAUUGUCCAUUGUUCUGGUAUCUUUUCUCCGUCAGUGACUGAUUGUACAUUACUGUGUUGUUUUGUAGGGUCCUUUGUCCCUGGAGAGUAAAAGCAAAUAUCACAUCCUGGAGAUAGUGGAUCCACCGCCACGACCCUUUCUCUGUCCUUUCCCAAGCAAAGGGACUGUAUACGACUACAGAUUCGUCAAAGAGGUGACACCAUUUUCUGUAAUGUUUAGUCAGUCUACAAUGGAACAACUUUUUAAUUCGCUCUUUCCUUGCGUGCAAUUUCAUCUAUAGGGAAUGGGCAAGUGGGAACUAUGGACUGAAGAAAUCAAGGAUGCUCCUGCUAUUCCUAAGGUAUUUUGCGAUAUGACUUCCCCUGAGGCCUUAUAUGAAAUUUUAGAAAUUCCAUAGCAUGUUUUGUACAUCAUCCUAUAACCACAUUUUAUCGGAAAUAAUGAGGUGUGGUUCUGUCAGCUCACUUGUUUGUGCUGCACAUUGUUAGUUAAAGCAAGCGGAAUUAAGAGCGAGCCCAAUAACGCCUGUUUUGCACUUGAGACAUUGUAUAUGAAGAUACGUUCAGAAUUGGUCACUAUAAUAAGCUUCAGUGUUGCUCAAAGGACAAAUCACGCUUAAUAGAGUACAGUUUUUCAUGAUGAUCCGAUCAAGGUCGCUGAUUGAACACAGUUUCGAGAGUCAUAUUAUGUACGGAAUGGCCAAAAUCUCUGUCACAACGUACCUGGUAAACUCGUGUAAACAGUCAUUUGCGCGAGCGAGCUUCAUAUCCUUAUUGUGCUCGCUUAUGACGUCAGCAAACAACUGCCUCGUGAAAAAAAUGAAGUUUCCGCCCGGUUUGGCCGCGAAUUUUGAUGUUGUAAACAUGGUUUUACAGUUUCAUUCUGAUAGUGAUAGACCUCUAGUAACUCAUAAUGAAAAGAAAAUGCGCAAAGGAUACUCGAUUUGGAAAACAAUGGACAUUUAAGCCUGAAAAGCGACGAAAUGAGCUUUCCAGUUCACAAUAGUUAUUCCCAAACGCGAUAAGAAUUUUGGCUGGAAAAUGAAAACUGAAUCUUUGACUCCACGUUGGGUUUCGCCAAUUUCGGACCAUUGCUUGGACUGGUAAGUAAUAUUUUAAGUAUCGAUUUGUCUUGAAAGUAUUAUUCAACAGAAUAUUUUCUUUUUAAUCUGACAACUUUUAGAAUUAACACAACGCUACGCAAUUUUCUUGUCGUGAUUACCAAACAACGAUUCAAGUAUGGUGAAUCAAUUGGGACGGCUACACGCGAGAAAUUCUGACUAUUUCCACUUCAAAAUAGCCAAAUUUGCGUUGCUUUGAAUACAAGUUUUGUAUCGAAAUUUUUCUUCUUCAUUUUUGCCUUACAAUUUAAUAACAGUUUUCGGUUAACACGCGGUUAUAUGGUAAACCCGGCAUGGGUGUAUAUCAAGGAUCUGCAAAUCUAAUUCUUAAGCAUGUUUUUCGAUUUGAUUUUAAAUUCUGACUAAAUUAAACUUUCAUUUUGUUUUAGUCUGGGAACAAAUUCAACUUUAAUGAAAGAAGAGUUCUUUAAAUAGUGUUCAUCUUUCAUUAUAGCUUGUUUUGGUUAGACACCAUAUAUCUCAGGUCUUCCUCAAAAUUAUGACGCGCCCCAAGCCACUCUUACGUAUCUCUCGUGCUUUUCAAAAUUCGCGCUGCUUGAUAUCUCGAUGAAGCACUCUGAUGAAUAGACGGUUACAGUGAAGAUUUGUACUCAUCACCUAAAGGUUAGACGUGCAGUGUGGAGGGGCACCAUGGGAAACGACCAAAAAAGCCUAUAUAGAUAAAAUCACCGUCCAGACCAAUCACGACGUGUUUUAUCUUUGGAUUAAUGUUAUGAAAAUCUUUAUAUUGAACUCGCUUUAUAAUUGUAGAUAGCCUGAAUAAAACCAGGAGUUAGAUGCGUAGUUACUUAGAUGCUAAAUUCUGGUAGCGCCAUGAAUCUCAUAAGUAAAAGAAUACUUCAUACUAACCUCUUUCCAACAAUGUUACCAGGAAAUGGCUUUUAACGAGAUCAUUGUACCAACUGUGGAUACUGUGCGAUAUACGUUUCUUAUGGAAAAGCUUGUGUCUCAUCAGAAGUCUUGUCUGUUUGUUGGGCCCACGGGAACUGGGAAAUCUGUUUACAUCACGGUUAGUCCUGAUAUUCUCCAACGUUACAAUUUCUAAAGUGGAAGCAUUGAGGUGACACCGUGUCACUUCACACAAUUCAGUGAAAUGGUUACGAAUUAAUCGCACACUAUUAUCAGAGGUGAAAAGGUUAAUUUCACCAAACGUCCAGGAUAGCUCUGAUUUAUAGGGCCUUUUUGCUUUCUGCAUUCAGUUGCGCAAACGUUCUAACUCUGAUUUAAAAUAAGGGCGAAGAUUGCACAAAGUUCUUAUGUAUAGAUUACCGAGGUAAUGUGGUUUCUUUCCUUUCAACAGAACUUUCUAUUGAAGAACCUCUCGGACACAUACAAACCUUUGCUGAUAAAUUUCUCAGCUCAGACAACAGCUAAACAGACGCAAGACAUCAUUAUGUCCAAACUAGACAAGAGGCGCAAAGGAGUAUUUGGCCCUCCACUGGGCAAGAAAACGGUAACUGUUAUUUUUUCAUCUUUUCCUGUAGUAAAUCAGUCUCGUUAGUUCAGUUUUAAUAGAUUUUAAUAAUAAUAAUACGUUUGAGGUACAAGCUAUGAUGGGUUGAGAUACGUGGGGAUUUAUAAAGACCAGAGACCCUAUUUAAGGUCAAAUGUACCCUACCCGAGGACAAAAUAUCCAGGGUAAAAUUACAUCCUCGUGAUAAACUGAGGCAAAUUUACACCCGGAGAUGCGACCUCAGUUGAGAUAAGUCCGAAGUUUUUUGUUUCCCGACUUCGCUGGAUUUAACCUCUAAAAGAAAUUAAGAAAGCAACAAACGAACAAACAACUACCAAUCACCGAACACUAGAAAAGAUCCAAUUUCAUCCAUCUUUUGGCUUCUUGCCUUCGUUUAGAAAGACAGUUCUGUUUGUCAUUUCAUCAUUUCUUAUGUUGGCCUAAGACAUCUCAUGCGCAUCUGAUUGUUUUGUAGGUUGUGUUUGUUGAUGACUUAAACAUGCCUGCCCGUGAAGUUUAUGGUGCCCAGCCUCCCAUCGAAUUGUUGCGUCAGUGGAUGGAUCAUUGGAACUGGUCAAUAGUCAUUACUAAAAUUCUUCCGUUGAUCAUUUUGUGACAUUCAGUAGUCACUACUUUCAUUAAAGUCAAUUUUUGACGUGGCUUAUUUAGUUUUUCCUUUUUUUUGGUAUUCCCUCAGGUAUGACCUUAAGGACACUUCUCCCAUCCAUCUGGUGGAUAUUCAGAUGAUAGGUGCCAUGGGACCUCCCGGAGGUGGCCGCAAUCCCGUCACGCCUCGCUUCCUACGCCACUUCAACACCAUCAGCAUCACCACGUUUGAUGACACCACCAUGACUAAGAUCUUCGGCAGGAUCAUGGAAUGGCAUUUGACAACAAGGUCAGUUGUACAUGACGUAUAACCAGUAGUGUGUGACACCUCUGAUAUGUUUAGAACUUUUCAGGAAGCUAGAAGACACCCACUGGUAAAAACAUAUGGUUUAUCUAUUUAUUUAUAUUGUUUAAACUUUUCGUGGUCAAAAUAGAAUCGUUUGAUCUCAUGUAAGUGGCUGUGCUCGGUUCUCUCUUCUGGAUAUUUUUACCAAUACCAGUUUCCUCGACUGAAAGAGGUGCGCAUUGAAAGGGAACAGCAAAGGUCCCCUCUUUGAUAUUCUUGAAAGAUCGAGAUUAAACCUUUUGGUAACUUAUUGUAAAUUCAUUUUAAAGAAUGUUAUUUAUAUAACCACUUUCUUGUACGUUAGAGUUCUUCUGCACAUCAGCUCGAACUGUCACAAUUGAUAAUUGCAAUAGGAGCGGGUGAACGACCCGAAGUCCUGUCACCAGUGAAUCAAAGCACUACGUAUUCUUAAAAAAAAAAAGGAACAUUAUCGUUGACCUUAUUUAUUUUCAAGAGAAAGUUUACUCAGUUGUCUAUAGAACAGCGCGCGCAAAUGACCCGAACUGUCCAGGUUCUCCAGCAUGACACAUUAACUGUCCUAUCAGUACUCAGGUUGGGCUGCUGAUGUGCAAUCAUGUGCGAUAUUAUUGUUAACUUUUUUUUCAUUACGGGUACUAUGAACUACCGUUGUUUAUGUUUAUUUUCAUUGAAUAUUAUAUUUCAGGGGUUUUUCAAAGGAGUAUAUUGCUGUGGGUGACCUGCUGGUAAGCAGCACGUUGGAGGUGUACAAGAAUGCAAUGGCAAAUCUGUUGCCCACCCCAGCCAAGUCACAUUAUUUGUUUAACUUAAGAGACUUCGCUCGAGUCAUUCAAGGAACUCUUCUCUCCACUCCUGAUAUCAUUGAGGAUCCUGAUAACCUCAAACGUCAUUGGGCUCACGAGGUACGCAAUCAGUUACUACUAAUAGUUACUUGUUUCAUUUUUACAGGUGGGCGUAAUUUUGAAUGGACAUGAUAAAUUUGACAGUCAUUAGCUUGGUUAAAUUAAUAGUCAGACUCCGAUCAAAUAUGAAAGUAUUAUGUGAUUUCUUGAGUCCUAUAAUUACUCUUAGUUUAUUUCCGUGCUUGUUUGUUGACAGGUAUAUCGUGUGUACUAUGACCGAUUGGUGGACGACGGUGACAGAAAGUGGUUAUUUGACUUCCUGCGUGAGAUGAGUAAACCUCACUUGGGUGUGGAGUUUGACAAGUUGUUUGAACGACUUGACUCCAAUAAUGACGGCCGUGUGGAGCAGGACGACUUGAGAAGUCUGAUCUACUGUGACUUCACCGACCCUAAGGCUGACCCUAAACCUUAUUUGGAGGUCAAAGACUUGAACAAACUACGCGCUGUAGUGGAGACAUAUCUCGAUGAGUUCAAUAACAUGAGCAAAAAGCCAAUGAACCUAGUCUUGUUUAGGUAAGGGAACCCAUUUUGAGUGUGUGACUCCUGUUUUGUGACAAAGCAAUAAUCACUCCUGGCGUAUGCUGUUGCAGGUUUGCUAUUGAACACGUUUCUCGCAUUUCGCGUGUGAUAAAGCAGCCUCGUGGUCAUUGUCUUUUGGUGGGCGUCGGCGGUAGUGGAAGACAGAGUUUGACCAGACUAGCUGCACACAUGGCAGAUUAUGACUUGUUUCAGGUAAUGACUUCUCUGAUUUUUAAUAACGCUCUCUCUUUUUAAUAACGGUCAUUUCUCUAAUUUUUAAUAACGGUCAUUUCUCUACUUUUUAAUAACGGUCACCUCUCUACUUUUUAAUAACGGUCACUUCUCUAUUUUUAAUAACGGUCACUUAUGCUACUAUUGUUUGUUUGCCUUCACAGGUUGAAAUAGGUAAAGGUUACACCUCAAAUGAAUGGCGCGAGGACUUGAAGGCGAUCCUGAGAAAGAGUGCUGAAGGAGACAUGAAUGGAGUGUUCUUGUUCACUGACACACAGGUAAAUAAGCUAUGUUAGCAUUCGUCGUCUAUCAGUCUCGUUAUUAAUUAUUGAUAAUUCACUCUCAUUCACUCUCUUAAGAUAAAAGAAGAAUCGUUUUUGGAGGAUGUGAAUAAUCUGUUGAACGCUGGUGAAGUACCCAACUUGUUUGCUCUGGAUGAGAAACAAGAGAUUUGUGAAAAAAUGAGAGUACUUGACAGGUAAGUUUCGUCAGAUGUGCACUUUCCUAAAUUAUUUAAAUAUAAGCUUGGGAUUCAUGAGAAUCCCAAUACAGUACCUUUAUAGAUGGAUUGCAUAACGGCGGUUGCUUACGCACUCACUCGGCUAGAUGAAAUCACCGAAUGCAGCGAGCUGUGGCACAUGGAUCCUAUAUGAAACUGUCGUGUAGUAGCAUUUUCAUUCUACGACACUCACAAGUAAAAAUCUUUUCAUAGAUACUGAUAAGACAUUUUUUCUCAAAGGCAACGUGACAAGUCCAAGCAGACAGACGGCUCUCCUGUGGCUCUGUUCAAUUACUUUGUUGAUCGCGUCAGAGACCAGCUGCAUAUCGUUUUGGCUAUGAGUCCUAUUGGUGAUGCCUUCCGAAACAGACUCAGAAAGUUUCCUUCACUUGUCAACUGUUGUACCAUUGAUUGGUUUCAGGUAACCGUAUCCUAAAAUUUGUUUUUAGAGAAAAAUCCUUCUUUGACAAUCGACUCUCAUAAGUAUAUCGUAGCUAGAUAAAAAGGCUUGAAACUGAAACCUGAAAAAUGUGGGCUUUAGCUUGGCUUGGACCCAUGCCUCUUAGUUAUCGGCUCGGAAAUAGAUACAAGUCAGCUACAGUCCGAAUUUUGGUAGCGAGAUACAAUAAUCGUGUGGAAAUUGCUCCUCCAAAUGAAGAGUUCUUGGUUUCGUUCUUCAUGUAUUUUUCUUUUUUUGGCGAUUUUGUGACUCAAUUAUGCUAGUCAGUUUUCUUUCAAUAGUUUUUUUUUUGUUCGUUUGUUUAACAGUCUUGGCCAAACGAUGCACUUCAAGUCGUAGCUCAGCGGUUUUUAGAAGACCUUGAAAUGGACGCUGGGGUGAGGAAUGGAUGUGUUGAGAUGUGCAAGACUUUCCAUACUGAAACGAGAAACCUUUCCAAGUCUUUCUUGGAUGAACUCAAAAGACACAAUUAUGUUACACCGACAUCGUACUUGGAGCUUAUCUCGACAUUCAAGACUCUGCUGAACAUGAAACAAGUGUAAGUAACUUGAUUCUUCUUCUUAGGCCGCCUGUUUUGAUGCAACACUCUUACAAUCCUUUAGCAAUCGUUAAAUUUGUGACGUUAGCAACCGUCCAACCACAUAACAUGCCAGUCACUAAAAUAGGAAAAAACCAACUUGCAAACAAAAGAAAGCUAUGAAAAUGAACAAUAAAGGUCCAAAAACAGUUAAAAAUAGAAGUUUUAACUAUUAAAAUAGAACAUAUCACAAACAAUUCUCCACAAACAUUUGACUCCAAAUUAAACUUUAAUUGAAAUUAAACCUGAACUUUAUGCAACGAGUUUGUUGUUUGUUGUUUACAGGGAGGUGAUGAAGGCAAAGAAGAGAUAUGAAACGGGCCUGGAGAAACUUGCAUCUGCGCAGUCACAGGUAACCCAUUGGCACAGACUUUUGGCUUGUUAAAAUGACUUGAUCUUAAAUAUGAAUGUAUUUUCUGUCAGGUGUCAGCCAUGCAGGGUGAACUGGAAGCUCUCCAGCCACAGCUCAUUCAAGCUGGCAAGGAAGUUGAUGAGAUCAUGGUUGUCAUUGAGAAAGACUCAGUAGAGGUUGCCAAGACAGAAAAGGUGAGAAGUCUAAAUUAGAAUGGUGUUUUGAUCACUUAACUUUGACUCGUUUUGUGUUUUAUGUAAAUGUAUCUGCCGUUCUUUUAUAGUGUUUGAAAACUCCCUUUUGAUUUCUCUCCCUAUUUUCGUGUGUAGGUGGUGAAAGCAGACGAAGCAGUUGCUAACAAACAGGCUGCAGCGGCUCAAGCCAUUAAAGACGAAUGUGACAAGGACCUGGGUGAAGCUAUUCCUAUCCUAGAGGCUGCUCUUGCUGCACUUAAUACGCUGACUCCAGCGGUGAGUGCUCUUCUUUUUAUUUCCUUGUUUUGAAAAAGACAAAAGCUCUUUUUGGACAAUACAUCUCGGUACCUAUAAUUCCAAAUGCAUUGAAGAAGAGGUAAACGUCUUUCAACAAAGUCCUUUUUGGCACUCACACUCCAUAUUGAUAUGAAAGAUUUUUAUGAUGAAGAUUUGGUUGGAAGGGGAAGGGGCUGACGAUAGGUAUACAUUGCUAAAUUGGAGAAAUAAAUGAAACCAUGUCCGAUGGAGUUAGAGAAAUAUGCGUUUAAAAGGUAAAGAAAUUUUCGGGCGAAAAAUUAGUUUGAUUGUGGUCCUGACGUCUCAUUUUUGUUUCUUUGUAGGACAUAACAGUGAUGAAGACUAUGAAGUCCCCACCAGCCGGUGUUAAACUUGUUAUGGAAGCUAUUUGUAUUUUGAAGGGCAUCAAGGCCGAACGAAUCCCGGAUCCCUCGGGUACAGGUAAGAAACCCGUGCGGCGGUCCAAACUACCCGAAAGCCCUUGGAUUUACCUCGGGCUCACGUAGGAAAUCGUUGUUCUAUUUUCGUGUGCUGAAUUAAUCUUCAAAUUGAUGUUCUGUUAUGUAUACAAUUGCAAAACUCAUCCUGAAAUAAACUUUACUUAAUAAGAUUUGAACCUGAGACCCGAGAACUUCUCACUAAAUUUGUUGCUGCUUUUAGGAAAGAAAAUCGAGGACUUCUGGGGUCCUUCCAAGAAGCUGCUUGGCGACAUGAAUUUCUUAAAAAGUCUACAGAGCUACGACAAAGAUAACAUUGCACCAGCCAUAAUAAAGACAAUCCGACAGAAGUACACCUCAAACCCUGAGUUUGAUCCCGAAAAGAUUAAAACAGCGUCCACCGCUGCAGAGGGUCUUUGCAAGUGGGUCGUCGCCAUGGAAUCCUAUGACAAGUAAGUGACGCUUCUUUUUGUGUACAAAUUGUAUAUUGUAUUAAACCUUAAAUGUGGUAUGAUAUAACUUAGAAUAUAGCGACAUUUCAGUGUAAUUUGAAAUACAUCAACCAAGAAAUAUGCGGUAUUGUAUUGGUGGAAUGUAAACUGACCAUCGUGAUUGUGUUGUGCAGGGUGGCGCGGGUUGUGGCUCCUAAGAAGGCGGCACUGAAGGAGGCUGAAGCAGAGCUGUCUGUCGCUAUGGAGGUAAGGCACUCUCAUUUCCAUCACUCUUAUUUUCAUACGUUGCUUUUAAUGUCAGCCUUUUGUACAAAGGUGAGCUCGACGGGAGAAACUGAAGCCAGAAAUAUCAGAUGGUUUGAGAGCUGGCACUUGAGCUAUCUGCUGUUAAAUCCACAAUUUGUAUUUUGGUAUAUUUCAUUGUUGUUGUUACUUGUAACGGUUAAUGAAUUGAGUGUGGUGCAGUUUGAUCUGAAAUUAGAAUUUUUUUCAAUAUUCUCCCCCAAUUUUUUAAGGAAAAAGUGCAAUUUAAAGCAAGUAUGGCUAUUCGUGAAUUUAAUGCAGUGCUGAGGGCUAAUUAAACUGUAAGGAUGGGUACCUAUUUUAAAAUGCGUGUAACGAAUUCGUUUAUUUAUUUGUGUAUUUAUCUCUGAGUUAUCCGUUGAACAGAAUUCUCAUCAAUUGAAGUGCCGACUGAACUAUCGGUUAUGUUUGUAUGACUGCAGAGUUUGAAUAAAAAGCGUGCAGCGCUUCGUGAAGUUCAGGACAAGCUGGCUCGAUUGCAGGAGAAGUACGAAGCCAAUGUGAAGAAGAAGGCUGAUCUUGAAAAACAGGUACAAACACCCUUCUUAUUCCCAUCCUUAUUUACUCAUAGGACGCUAAGGACGUUACUGGUUCUAACUGUAUGCAGGAAUAUGAAAGUGAUAUAAACCCUACCUCGCCAACGAGUUUUUGUAGAACAAUUGUUAGAGAAUAUAACCUCAAAAUUUAGAGGUCUUAUGCUUGAGUUCUCAUUGCUUACUGAUAUGUUUUCUUUGCACUUCUCUGAGACUCCUCUGAUUUCCCCUAAUUACUUGUUACAGGAUUAUUUAUAUACUCCUUAUUUUGCCCUCUAUUUGAUUGGAGGUAACGAAUUUUGCCUGUUUACAGGUUGACCUUUGUACCAAGAAACUUGAACGCGCAGAGAAGUUGAUCGGUGGACUCGGCGGAGAAAAAACAAGGUAGUUUUCCCUCCAACCUUUUUUCUUGAUGAUUUUUAGCAUCAUCUUCAUUUAAUUUCUUUGAAUCUAAUUGUUUUUUUAAUUUUGGUUCAAAGGUGGACUGAAGUAGCAAAGCAGCUUGGUAUCAAGUUUGAAAAUCUGAUUGGGGACGUUUUGGUAUCAUCCGGUGUCGUGGCGUACUUGGGCGCCUUCACGGCUGCCUUUAGACAAGAACAAACAGUGCAAUGGGUCAAUGCCUGUCGUAGCACCAAUAUCCCUUGUUCUGAUGACUUCUCAGUCACAGGCACGCUCGGUGACCCUGUGAAGAUAAGGGACUGGAACAUAGCUGGCCUGCCAACUGACAGUUUCUCUAUUGAGAAUGGAAUUAUAAUCAG